GCCACCCUGACAAAGUGGGAACGGCCUCGAGCCCCAAAGAUACUUACUUCUCGACUUCAACAAUGGAGUACCUUGACGCACCGCCAGAGAUUACAGUCCUUCUUCUUGGCGACAGCGAAGUGGGUAAGUCGACGUUCCUCUCGCGACUGAGCAUCGGCGGCCGCCCACAGGAUGAUGGGGCUUCACAUUCCGAGCUCCCUGCGCUACGCGACAUGGACCAGCCUUUCCAAUUCAAUCUGACCCUGUACCGGCGCCCGUAUGCGCUCGCCUUUUAUGACACUGCCUCUCCGACCAACUAUACCCUUCUCGAGCCCUCCUUCCUAAUACUCUGCUUCGAUAUUACGCGCCGCGACAGCCUUCUCUCGCUGAAGCAGCGAUGGCGCGAGUUGGUGAACUCACACUUUGACUGCAACGAUGCCCUACCUGUGAUGGUUUUGGGUCUGAAGAGGGACUUGAGAAAGGAGUGGACGGAGGAGGAAUCAAGAGAUGGCGGACGGGGGCCAAGUGUGAUGCCUCAAGAAGGACUGUUGGUUGCACAAGAGCUUAGAGCUGAUCUAUACGCGGAGUGCAGCGCGGUGACUGGGGAAUUGUGUCGACAGGUGCUCGAGGAUAUCGCGAAGACGGCGGCAAAGACGACGACUGAGAAAGGAGCUAAGACCGAAGGCGGAUGCUUGGUUAUGUAGAGUCCAUACUGUCACCUCAAUACAAGAACUCAGCACAUGGUCGUCAGGUGCAACAAUGUUUGCAUUGGGUUGAGAUGUCUACAGUAUAUAUUCAACUACAUGUCAGCAAAUAUGAAUCAAAUCACAAUC